AUGGAGGACCCUACUUCUUUUUUUCCAACCACAUCUCCUUUCAAUACCACACCUCUUUUCACUACUGCAUCAAGUGCUGCACUAAGUGCUGUUGCACCAAGUGUUGCUGCAUCAAGUGCUACUGCAACAAGUGAUGCUGCAAUAGAUGCUGCAGUAGAGAAUAUAGAUAUUAGUCCUGCUGGAUCUGAUUUUUUAGAAGAAGUAAAGGUUUUUGAUUAUUCUACUGAGGAUAGUGUUGAGUCAGAAGGAGAAUUGGUUGGAGAUGAUAAAGAAGAGAAGUAUGGUAGAGUAAUUCAUGAAGGAAGGCUUGGAGAUGAUGAGUCUUACUUUGCAAGUUCUGAUGAGGAUAGUUUUGUAUUAGAUGAAGAUGAUUGUUGUGGUGAUGAUGAACAUGAAGUGGUUGAUUUUGGUAGAGCAAGAACUGUGAAGUUGUCAAAAAAAGGACAAAAAAACAAAAAAUCAUUCAUGACCCAACCGCAAAGGAAGUUGUUUGGCAGUUGGGCUAGAUUUAGGUGCAAGGAUGGCUUUUCAUGGCUUUUAUAUGCAAGUCUUGACAAGACAACAAAUGAUUUCAUGAUAAAAACUUACAUUCCAAAGCAUACUUGCAACAAAACAACCAGAAAUUACUUGUGCAAUGCAAAGUUCUUAGCUGAAACCUUCAGAGAAAGAAUAGUUGAGCAACCCAACAAAAGAGUAUUCAAGUUGCAAGAGUUGAUUAGAAAAAAGUUCAAACUUUAUGUUAGUAAGACCACUGUUAGAAGAGCAAGGUCUAAAGUCUUGAAAGAGAUAAUGGGUGAUCAUGUUGUAGAAUUUGGAAAAAUCCUUGACUACAAAGAUGAACUGUUGAGGACAAACCCGGGGACCAGUUGGGUUGUCAAACUUGGUGAGGCUAACGAAGCAGGUAAACCAAAAUUUCAAACUUUUUACAUUUGCUUUGAUGCUUUGAAGAAGGCAUGGGUACAUUGUAGGAAGUGCAUAGGUUUGGAUGGUUUUUUUCUUAAGGGUAUUUCUAAAGGCCAAUUGUUAGUUGUUGUGGCCAAGGAUGGAAACAACCAGAUGUUUCCACUUGCUUGGGCAGUAGUUGAAAAAAAGAACACAAACACCUGGAUAUGGUUUGUUAGGUGCAUUAGGGAUGACCUAAGACUUGGAGAAGGUGAAGGUCUCCCCCUGGUUACAGAUAUGCAGAAGGGACUGUUUGCAACAAUUGAGGAGGUGUUACCUCAAUCUGAGCAUAGAAGAUGUGCCUAG